AUGCCGUACCCAUUCGUCCUCCCAACCACAUCCUCCUUCUCCUUUUCGUCGAGUGUCACUUGCGAGUCACACCCCUCGCUACCCCUCCAAGCAAGCACCCACCGCGGCGUGGUCCGAGACACCCUCAAGAAACACAAGCGCCUCCCUCCAGCUUCACAGGCACCCUCCCUCUCCACCGUCACCUCGACCCUCCAAACCUAUCUCCCCUACCUCUUCGCUCUCAACGCCUCCCUUUCGGGCAAACCAAUCCACCCCGACGAGUUGUCGGUCACACUCAAGACCGCCCCCCAAAUAGAAUGGCGCCCAACCCUCUCCAACAACCUUCUCCCCGGCUGCGAGCCCCCGCGCGUACGAAUCCACUCCCUUGAACACGAGCUCCUCUUCGCCCUCUCGACCCUCGCCAACACGUACACGCUGCAAGCCCGCGCCACCCUCCAACCCCUCUACCAAACGACCACAGCACCCGUAGGCACCACCCAACGCCAAACCGCCAUCACCACCGCCACACGCCACCUCCUCGACGCCGCCUCCAUAUACGACCACCUCUCCACCCGCACCGAAUCACCCCCAACCGCCACCACCACAACCACCACCAAAACCCCACCCUACCCAUGCGCCGACAUCUCCCCCCACCUACUACGCGCCCAACGCGCCCUCGCCCUCGCCGAAGCGACCUUACUCGCCGUGCUCAAAGACGACCCCUAUCCGGCCGCCGUAGCCCAGACGCGCAACCAGCACGACACGGAGUGGAUGUACAAGUCGCCCGACAUCCCCAAGGUGCGCGCGCACCUGUUUGCUCGCUUGUGUCUCGCCGCGGCGAAGCACGCUGCGCAGGCCCGCGGCCGGGCUGGCGGGAGCGGCGGCAGAGGGGGGGAAAGUCAGCGAGGGCUGGGGGGGGAGACGGGGACGGGGAUUGCGUGGUUGAGGGCGGGGUUGGGGGAGGUCGGGGUGGAGAGGAAGGGGGGGGAGAAAAGUGGUGGUGGUGGUGGUGGUGGUGGUGGGAGUGGGGGGUUGAAGGGGCUGCGGAAGGAGUGGAGUGAGAGGAGGGAGGAUAAGAAGGUUGAGAAGGGUUUGGAUUGGGGUGCGGAUGGCGGGCGGCUGGAGGAGACGAGAGUGAUUGAGAUGUUGGAGGCCAAGUGGGUGAAGCAAAACGAUACCAUGCUUACACAACCGAUACCCCCUAUCGGACCUCUCCUCGCCCAAAUGCCAUCCGGGCGCGAAAUACAUUCUAUUAAGCCGUUCCAACCACCGUUAUUGAGCGCCGAGGUGUUGGAGGCGAUGAGGGCCCCGCCGGACAGGUCAGACGAAUUCGGCAACUACCCGAGUUCGGACGAGGAAACAGCACUGGCCCCAUAA